UCAAAUUUUUCACAAGCGGGAUUUUUGGUAUUAAGAGUUGAAGGCGCCUAUUCUGAUCCUGAUGAGCCGUCCUGAUCCGGGUUAUGGGCCUUGUUCUAGCGCUGCAGCAUAGCUAUUCAAACCAAAAGGAUGGGGUUUGUCUUGAGACUCCUCAGCUCUCGUCGGAAUUUGUUGACUUACAUCACUUACCAGCUGAGCUUGCUCUCAAUAUAUUGUCGAGGCUCAAUGCCACUGAUCUAUAUCUAGCAUCUUGUGUUUGGUAUGAUCUUGCUUACGAUGAGGUGUUGUGGAAGAGUUUGUGCAAAGCUUCGUGGCCAUUUUGCUCGGCGUACAAGAAUGGCGUACUUCAAUCUGAGCCGUCAUUCCGUCGAUUGUACCUUAAGCUAGAUGAAGCGCGUUUGACAUUUAACGCAGACGCCUUUGAAGGUAUGGGGUACAUCUUCAGACAUCGUCUUGUUGACGAUAAUACCGAUGAUCUUGUUAACUUUUUCCACUAUGCUUCCGGAUUAGAUCCAUUCCAGAAGCGUCGAUAUCUGGAAACGAGGCCCCAGGUUCUACGCGGACUGGUGAAUUUAAAAGAUUUCCGGAACUAUUCAUUACCAAAUGCGUUAAGAGGUCUUUUUACUGAACUGCCAGUACAAUCAUCAGAACCUAGCGCGUCAGCUUUCAUUCACCUGUUGGUCGGUCUGUUUUCCGAAAGAUUUACUCAAUGCAAUCCAGAUCUUGGGAUCACACGUGAUGAGAUCUAUUUACUGUGCUUUUCAAUGAUCAUGUUAUCCGUUGAUCUCUGGAGCCCAUCCAUCAAAAAUAAAAUGUCUAAACGUGAAUUUAUUCGCAAUACAAGACAAGUGGCAACCACAACGUCGGAUGAGUUUUUGGGAAACUUAUAUGAUAAUGUGUAUAUUGUUGGGCAUGUCGUACUGAUCGAUUGUUCUGGACCUCCCUUCCGUCAUUCUGAAGUUAAAGCAAUCCUUGUGAGAAAUCAACCUCUGUCAUUACCUGCUUUUUAAAUAAAUUAACCAGUAGUUAUUUCAUCCACUGUGAUUUAUUUUCAUUAUUUUAUGCUAUUUUUUGUACUUUACAUUUUAACGUUAAACAUUCACACAAUGAUUCAGUUCAAAUUAGUUAGUGUUGUGUUUUAUUUUGACUUGUCAGUUAGUUAUUUGUUGGUUAACUAAUAAACAACUAGUUUCAUAUCAAGGCUAUUACAGCAAAUAGUCGUCAAUUUUUUAUUUCAUAGUUAUUUGUAAACCAAACCAAACAGACUUCAAUAAACUAGUCAUAUACACUGUAAUCUACCUGAAACACAACUUCAUAUAAGAGAAGUUAAAAGGCAUUGUUAAUUGAGUGAUAUAUUAUAUACGUUCUCAUGGAUUUACUUAAUAUUAGUAAAGAAUUUUAUUUCAAGGUAAUACAAAUCAACAUUUUCCCUAUCAUUCUAUGAAAAGUCGAAUCUUGUUCCUUUACAUUACUUUUCGAAUAUACAUAUUCUAUUUAUG